AGAAAAUAGAAAAGCUUGAGUUGAAUUGCUGAAUUAUAUUGUUUUAGGAAACGGGCACACAGGUAUUUGCUGAUGGACAGCGAGAUGAAGAGCAAUUUUAGCAAUCAUGAGCAAGUAAGAUGCUGACAUGGAAACAGAUAGGCAUAUCAGAGGAAAUAACUUCUGAUACAAGUUGCAUUAUCCACUCUGGGGACUCAUACCUGGCUCAGGGGGAAUAGAAACCCCAGACAGAUGCAAAAAUAAAGCCCCCGUUUUCAGAAAGAUGAGCCGUCCACCUGACCGGCUCCUGAAAGCGAGUCUAUAACUGACCCUUGAACGGAAGAGCUAAAGGAAAGAGGCAAAGAGAAAUGGUUGUGUGCAGGAACAGUCAAAAAAGUCAAAAUGGAGGCAGCAAUGGGGUCUCGGCUCCUGUGCUGAGAUGAUACCUCCGUGCUCCUCGCGCCUGCACCGCCAUGGACGCCCCCUCUAACUCUGCCUCCUCCUCCUCCUCCUCCUCCCACUCCUCCGCUGCUGUCCCCCCGGCAGACGGACAGGAUGACAGGGCCGCGGUUCGGCCUGCUCAGGGCUCUCCUGCCUUGCCACCCACCAAAGAACCCCCCCUCUGGGACCCUUCCCCUUCCCUGCUUCCCGACGACGUCAUGAGACCCUGCUCCAGUUCCCAAGCCGAGCUCGGUUCGGUCAAGUUCCCCACAGCCAUCUCGUCUACCCCACAGCUCCAAGCGGACCGUGGCCCAGCAUUGCCAAAUCUACCCCCUUUCCCUCCAGGAACGCCCCUGGCCGAAGAUGGGGCCAAGCCAGAAGCAGAAGAACAUGGAGAAGAGGACGAGGAUGGUGGAAACGAGGCCCAGCUCUUCUUUGCUGCUGACGGCUCGGCCUACCUCCUCACUAGUGCCCACCUACGCUUACCAAAGGGCUCCCCCGUCACCGCAGCUCCCCAAGUGUCCAUCCUCCACAUCCAGUGCAGUGGAGGUCCUAACCAAGGCUUUAUGUCUACUGACCAAAUGUCCCAGAAUACCUCAGCGCCAGGCGAGUUGACUCCUCAAGGCGCCUUCUACAGUUACCGACUGGCCGGGGCCCCCGCUCAAUCUGCAUCUGCCAAAAACACUACCCUCAAAUCCAAAGAUGCCCCCACCGCCCACGUGGAGGACGAGGAACACUCCCAAGGAGAAGCCACCCUUGGCCGAGACAAGGAGCUGCCAGGGGCUCCCCUUUGGCUCUGCCUAGCCUGCCGCCUCUCUUUCCGCCAGGGCCGCUCCUUGGCGUCUCAUGCCUGUACGGUCCACGGCGUGCAGCUCAGCAACCACAAAUGCCAAGCCCUGGAUGGAGGGGCUUCUGCUGUGUUCCAGGGUACCGACCUUGGCUUCCUAGAACCAAAUAACCCCACCACCCAGGCAGACCUCAAUGCCAGAAUGUGUAGCAGAUGGGUGAAUGUAAAGGAAGAGGAGGAGGAGGAGGAGGAGGAAGAAGAGGAGGAGGAGAACCAGAAGAGGAGCCCAGAACGACGAUGCGAGCCACCAGAUACCAAAGAUUCAAGGGUCGGCGGCACGCACUGGGCAAAGGGGGGCAUGGAGGAGAAACCAGAGGAGGAGGAGGAAGAGGAGGAGGAGGAGGAAGAGGAGGAGGCACGAAUGGAUGACCAUAAGAAAGAGGAGGAACGACGUCCAAACCAAAGCUCACUCGGUUCACAAAGCCCACCCUUGGCUGCUAACACCCCUCCCUCAGAGACACCGCUGACCAAGGCCAAAAGUUUUGACCACGCUGGGUUGCCCGAGGAGGACAUCAACAAGGAGCUGACCAACGAGGUCGUUAAGGAAGGACUGAUGCACAAGGUCCCUUGUGUGGACCUGGCUGUUGAAACUGGCAGCGCCGAGCCCGCUCCCAAAGGGCACAGCAACAGCGUUCCCCAUGACGCAGACGGGAUGGGCGUUGGGCUGGCCCACGACAUCAGCACCACCGACUUGGCCGACAGCAUGAGCAGCGUGGGGAUGGCCAAUGAAGUGGCCGCCGCUGGAUUUGAGGUCAACAACGGGCUCGGUAGCAACAGCCACAACGGAGGGCCCUCGCUGGCCUUCGGGGAAGAUUUCACAGCUAUGGCCUACUCUGGGUUGACCUUGUCUGGCCACAUGUCCUUGCUUCAUUCGCGGAACUCCUGUAAGACUCUCAAGUGUCCCAAAUGCAACUGGCAUUAUAAGUACCAGCAAACCCUGGAUGUCCACAUGAAGGAGAAGCAUCCGGAGAACAACAGCCACUGCGCCUACUGCAGCACGGGGGGUCCCCACCCUCGCCUGGCCCGAGGGGAGAGCUACAACUGUGGCUAUAAGCCCUAUCGCUGCGAGGCCUGCAACUACUCCACCACCACCAAGGGCAAUCUGAGCAUCCACAUGCAGUCUGACAAACACUUGGCCAACCUGCAGGGCUACCAAGCCACGGGAGGCAGCGGGCCCCCGGUGGCUCCUCCCGUAGCGCCUUCCCCGUCCUCCCCCGAGGAGAAGGAGUCAAAAGGCAAGUCCUCUUGGCAGUGCAAGGUGUGCAGCUAUGAGACCAACAUCUCCCGCAACUUGCGGAUCCACAUGACCUCUGAGAAGCACAUGCAGAACAUGCUGUUGCUCCAUCAAGGGCUGCCUUUGGCGCUGCCUGGGCUGCUGGGGCAACCUCAGCCCCCCGCUGGAGGCAAGGCUCAGCCAGAGCUCUUCCCCUUCUACGGGGCACAGGCUCUCAGCCAUUCCCACCACCCACAUCCCCACCAGGCACACUCGGGGAGCAACCCAGGUCUGCGGGCAGACAAGCCCAUGGAACAACCCCAACUCUUGCUCAACGGAGGCUUCCAGCACCUCAGUGCGGCCGGCAGGAAGAUGGCUACCUUGGGGUCAGCACCCACCUCUCUCUCUCCUGAACCUGCUCCACCUUCCCCGUCGCCGGCCCAAUCUGGACCUGACCUGUUGGCCCCCCAGAGAUUGUUCAGCUGCCUGGUGUGCCAAGCGUUCAGCACCGACAGCCUGGACGCCCUCCUGCGGCAUGCCUCAGCCCCACGCUCCCUGCCCGAGGCGGAGUGGAAGGAAGUGUCGGGCGACCUGCACCGGUGCCGUCUCUGCGCCUACGGCACCCAGUUGAAGGCCAACUUCCAGCUGCACCUCAAGACCGACAAGCACGCCUUGAAAUACCAGCUGGCCGCUCACCUGCGGGAAGGGGGCAGCCUUGGAGCACACUUGGGGGUGGAGCUCCCCCUGGGCCCACCCCUUCACCUGCAUUGCAACCUCUGUGAAUAUGAGACCAACAGCAAGGAAAAAAUUCAGCUGCACGUGGCCGGCGCAGGUCACCAGGAAGCCCUGCAAGGUUAUAAGUUUCUCCUGGAAAUGGAGUCAGCCUCGGCACCCCCACCCGUCUCCGAAUCCGCGCAGUUCCGCUGCCUCCUGUGCAACGUGGACUCGCCGAACCGCCUGGCCAUGAUCCAGCACCUCCGGUCCCCCCAGCACCGCGAGGCCCACGGGCAGUGGCGCCUCCAGCUUCUCCAGAACGGCGAAGGCACUUUGGGUCUCGAAAGAUACAUCUGCUUUGCGCCUGCAAACGCUGCCGGGAAGGAAUCUGUUCUGGAUAGCUUAACUCCUGAAAAAGAAAAGCAGAACAAAACAUGGAUACCUGGUUCAGAUGAGACUGAAGCAACAGCUUCCAGCGUGGGAGACACCACGGUGUUCUGCUGUCCCUACUGCAACUACGUUGACCAAUCAGCCGAAGCCGUGCGGGCUCACACCAUCUCCCAGCAUGCCGUGCAGCCCAAGUUCCACUGCCCCCUGUGCCAAGAGCAGCUGGUGGGCCGUGCCAACCUUCACUUCCAUCUCAGCCACGUUCACAACGUGGUGCCCGAAUGCGUAGAGAAGCUGCUGCUGGUGGCCACUACAGUGGAAAUGACUUUUGCCACAAAAGUUGUUCCUGGAGUCACCCUUCCUCCUGAUCUGCCCAAACCAGGCGGGACUCCCAGCGUAGAGCAAGGAGCUGGAACGGAAGCCCCAAGCCCCUUCAUUGCACCAGCCGCAGAGGAGAAAGCCUCCCCGACGCCGGUGCUUUGCCCUGAAACCCCCCCACCUUCCGUGGCUACCUCCCCGCCUCCUAGCGAGCGCCCCGAAAAGUCGCUUCCUGCCUCUCCUCCCCCUCCCCUCCCCCCUCCCUCUCUUGCUGUAACUCCUCAAGAAUCUGAAGAGGAUGACCCUUCUCAGCCAAACGUCACCCUGGAGGAGCAGCAGCCAUCAGCACAUGUCCUGGUGGAGCCCCCUGAGGCCUCGCCCCCCAUCCUGCCAAAUCCAGAUUCCCGGCACCCGCUCUCCUACCGCAAGGCAACCAAUUUUGCCUUAGAUAAAUUCUUGGAUCCGGCCCGUCCCUAUAAAUGCACAAUUUGCAAAGAAUCUUUCACUCAGAAGAACAUUCUCCUGGUGCAUUACAAUUCUGUUUCCCACCUCCACAAGAUGAAAAAGGCCUCCGCAGACCCUUCCGUGUCGUCUCGGGGGGAGCCCGGCACCCCCGGGGCUCUCCAGCCAUCCUCCGACAAACCUUACAAGUGUACCACGUGCCGCGUCUCCUACAACCAGAGCUCCACCUUGGAGAUCCACAUGCGGUCCGUUCUGCACCAGACCCGCUCCCGCGUGGCCAAGAUGGAGGCCGCGGGCAAGGCGGACUUGCCCCCGGCUGAGUUGGAGCACCCAAACGAGACCCCUCUGGAAACAGAGGCCCCCGGCUGUGUCCAGGUGCCUGCACUCCCGUUUUUAACGCCAUCCGCAGAACUACCACGCUUUCCUACGCCCCUGUUCACUCCACCAUUGCUGCCCCCCUUCCCUUUGGUACCCGAGUCACUCCUAAAACUGCAGCAGCAACAGCAGCAGCUCCUGCUUCCUUUCUAUUUACAUGAUCUUAAGGUGGCCCCCAAAUUGGCUUUAGCGACUCCAGCCCUGACUCUCCCCACCCCCUCGCCUGUCCUGCUACCACCGCUACCCCCCAAGGAAGAACAGGCCCCCACAGCCUCUAGUAGCUGCAAGGCAGAGACGGCUGAAGAGACUGAAGGAGAAGAAGCUGAGGGGAGUCAGCCUGGGAGCGAGGCCUCCCGCACGGCUGCCAAAGCCCUCCUGGAAAACUUUGGCUUUGAGCUAGUAAUCCAGUACAACGAGGGCAAGCAAGCUGCCGCAGCGCCCCCAGCCAUCCCGCCUCGCCCCCCUGCGGGCAAGCUACAGUGCGGCACCUGUGGGAAGCAGUUCUCCAACAUGCUCAUCCUGAAGACCCAUGAGGAGCACGUGCACCGGCGGUUCCUGCCUUUCGAGGCCCUCAAUCGCUACGCGGCGCAGUUCCGGAAGAGUUAUGAUAGCAUGUAUCCCCCCCCUCCACCCGUGCUCCCCAUUGAGUCCACUGUUGCCACCACCGCUGCUGCAGCGGUCUCAACCGUCACCACCACUGUUGUGGAGAACACCACAGUCACCGUGACACAAGCCUCCAUGCCCUUGGAGAUUCCCUCUCUCUGCCCUCCAUUUUUAAUGCAGCCCAUGCCAGUGGUUGUGCCCCCACCAGAAAAUGAGACUCCCUGUGUACCUCCUGAACGCUUGAAGUCUCUGUGGUUUCGAGGGGAGGAAGAGGAAGGCAACACUGCAUCGUCUGGAGUCCUUGAUCUUCCCCGAGGGAGCUUCCCCACAACCCGCCGUUUCUCUCGUACCAAAUUCACAGAGUUCCAAUCUCAGGCUUUGCAGUCCUUCUUUGAGUCAAGCGCUUAUCCCAAAGAUGGUGAGGUGGAGCGUCUGUCCGUGCUUUUGGGGUUGCCCAAUCGGGUCAUUGUGGUCUGGUUCCAAAACGCUCGCCAGAAAGCCCGAAAGAGCGGCGGGAAUGAAGCCAGCGUGGGCAGCGGAAACGCCACAGCGCAGCCGUCUUGUAAAAAGUGUCGGACGUCCUUCCGCUGCAUCUUUGAGUUGGUGCGCCACCUGAAGAAGUGUUACAAUGAUCAGCUUGAUGAGGGGGAAGGAGAUGGGGCAGAGGAAGAGAAUGAAGGCCCCGAGGAGGAGGAGCAGGAGGAGGAAGAGGAAGGGGAGCAGCGAGAAAUCUUGGGACCUGGUGGAGAUAUCAAGACAGAUGCGGCUGGGGACAAACCCAUGGAAGAAGAGCAACCUGCCCCCUCAGUGCCCCCAGAGAUCUCCAAGAGCCACCCCUGUGAUCAGUGCACUGCCAUCUUCUCAAGCAGCGAUCUCCUCAACAUCCACCGCAUUAGUCACAUGCCAGCAGCUGCUCCUCCAUUGGCUUCUACCGGUCCACCACCUUCCCUCGACAUGACCCCUUUAGUAUUUGGCGAACGCGCCGUCCACCCAGAUUCUUCUCGUGCGCAGAAGCGGAAACACGAAGAUGGGACCCUGUCUCCCACUGGGAGCGAAAGUGCCAGCGUGCUUGGAGGAGACAAUGAUCCCCCCCGGGACAAGCGCCUGCGCACUACCAUUUUGCCAGAACAGCUGGAGAUCCUCUACCGCUGGUACAUGCGAGAUUCUAAUCCCACCCGGAAAAUGCUCGACUGCAUCUCUGAAGAAGUUGGGCUUAAAAAGAGGGUCGUCCAAGUGUGGUUCCAGAACACAAGAGCCCGUGAGCGAAAGGGCCAGUUUCGGUGUAAUACCAGUGCCACCACCCCAACCAGCAAGCCCUCACCAGCACACCCCAACGCUUUCCCAAAGUUCAACCCUCCACCACGGGACCCGCCUGUUCAUUAUGGUGGUUCCUUCACACCCAACCUCCCUGCUGUUAACCUACAGCCACUUCUCACGAAGCCAGAAGUCCCCACAGAACCACAGAUGCAGGAAGAGAUGGCUGAAGAAGAGGUACCCAAGGAGCAAGAAGACAGAAGCCUGUCUGGGGGAGAGCUGAGCGAUUCCUCCUCCUCCUCCUCCUCCUCAGCUGACCUGGAUUUCUCCAGCAGCCAAAGGAAUCGAAUGAUGGAUGGAGGGCUGGGAGGCGUGCAAGACUCUCUGGGUCAGAGGCGGUAUCGUACCCAGAUGUCUAGCCUCCAGCUGAAGAUCAUGAAGGCUUGUUAUGAGGCCUACCGAACCCCAACCAUGCAGGAGUGCGAGGUGCUGGGGGAGGAGAUAGGGCUACCCAAGCGGGUUAUUCAGGUGUGGUUCCAGAAUGCCCGGGCUAAAGAGAAAAAGGCUAAGGCUGCCUCCGGCGGGACCAGUGGCGGUGAUGAGGCCCCCUCCACUGCUCAGGCUCAAUCUGAAUGCCCCUACUGUGAAGUCAAGUACGAUUUCUACGUCUCUUGCCGUGGGCACCUCUUCUCCCGAGGCCACCUAGCUCGGCUAAAGGAGGCCAUCAAAUCCCAGCUCAAGAGCGAGAGCAAGUGCUAUGAGCUGGUGUCGGACAAGGGAACACCCUCCCCAACCAGGCUGGGGGUGCCUGUGACCCCUACCGCCAUGCCAUCUUCUCUUGGAAGCAAGUCCCCCUUUGUGCCAGGCACGUCUGCUUCCUCCUCGGGGGUCCUGAGCUCCCCUUUGGCCCCCUCCCAGCCAGGCCUCUCCUUACCUCAACAUCUGUCACCAGAAUCGGGCCAGCUCGGCCCCUUAGCUGAGCCUGCUCCUGCUCCGGCUCCUGCUCCUGCGGCCUCCCCAAGUGACAGUCAGGCCGAACCCACGUCAAAUUCAGCCCAGGACCCCUCCUUGUCCUCCACUGCCACGCUGAAGAACCUCAAGACGUUGAAGGCUGCGGUGCCGGCCCUGCUGGGGGGCCAGUUUCUGCCCUUCCCGUUGCCAGCAGCGGCCACGGCGGCGGCGGCAGCCCCCUCCCUUUUCGGAGCCCAGCUGCCCGGGGCGUACUUCCAGCAGCUCUACGGCAUGAAGAAGGGGCUGUUCCCCAUGAACCCUGUCAUACCUCAGACACUUAUGGGGCUGCUGCCCAGCCCCCUGCUCCCAACACCCACACCUGAGCCCCCCGUCGAGGUGUCCGAGGCCCCCGGCAUCUCUACCGUCGACGUGACUCACCAGUACCUUUGCCGCCAGUGCAAGGCAGCCUUUGAGAGCGAGGGGGCGGCUGUAGCCCACCAGGCCGCUCUGUGCUACUUCGGGCGCCAGCCCCCAGCAGCGCCACCCCCACUGCGCGUGCCUGUGUGCACCUACCACUGCCUGGCCUGCGAGGUGCUCGUGAGUGGGCGGGAGGCGCUGGGGGCCCACCUGCGCUCCAGCGCUCAUCGGCGCAAGGCCAGUUCCAACACAGCAACCGCAUCGGUGUUUGCCAAAGAGGAAUCCAAAUUACCUCACUCGGACUCCAAUCCAAAAAGUAACGCUACCUCUACGACACUACUAGCUUUAUAGAGAUGGAUGCUAUACUGCCGCCAAUGGAGAGAGAAUGACUAGCGAACGAAUCUGUGGGUGGGUGGACGCCCGCUUGGACGACCCCUCUGCUUCCACCCAACGGUCCUCCUUCAAUGUUCAUUUCAGCUCCAGGUCCACCUUUUUUCUAACUGCCAGCAAGGAAGUCAUCACGAGAGAGGGUCCCUCCCCAAGCUGAUUUCGAGGGCCCAGAUCCCCCAUCCCAAUUUUUAUUCCGGAUAUCACUCCUCUUCCACAGGAUGACCAGAGGUUGAGCACAAUGGCAGCCCAUCCAUUGAGGAAGCCCUGGUUCUUAUUAAGCUUCAUCUUCUCUAGAGGGUGUCUAGCUCAACAAUUCCCUGGACGUCUGCUAGGACAUUACAUUCUCCAACCAUACCCUUUCUUCACCAGAACUGUCCUUCCUCCCAUUCAGAUAUCUCCUUAAGUGUCAGUUGAUGCUAAUUCCCUACCUCUUCCCCCUCUCCCGGCCAAUGAGAUCCUAUUGGCCAGAUCCAAUGUGAAUGGCAGCCCCAAAUCUUUCCUUCUCUUGUUUCCUCCAUAGUUCCUUCCCACCCAUUUCUGUAUUCCUGAGUCUUCCACCUCCUGUGCUAUAGACAGGUCCCUCCCUUGAGAAAGGCAGAAGAGGCUCCAGAUCUCUUACAUCUCGGCAUCUUCAGCGACCUUCCCACCUUUCGGUGAUUUCUGUCAGGAACAUCUCAAGGGGAUGAGGCCGUUUUAAUGUCCUUUGAUGAUCCUGAGAAGUUGGGACUUCUCCCUUCUUUUAUAAUAUCAAAACUAUGCCACCUCUCUUCACAUCAACGAAAGCGCUCCAAAAUUCUUGACCCACACGUCACACAACUCCCGUCCACCCUACCGCGCGUGGCCCCAAACCCUCCCUUGACGAACCUUGGCUACAACCUGGUCUCACCUCUCCCACCCACCCCAUGUAAGACAGUUGCUGGCAUAUGUCCAUUAUACACUCAAGUCUCCUCUCUCUUACAGUUACACACACAUACACCCCCCAUAAGAGCUCCUUCUCUCACACUUACCUUCCACCCUUUUACUGUGUUACCGACGGGAAAAGGCCAAAAAAAUAAAAAAAGAAGGAUGCAGAAAGAAUGGACAAGAAAAAAGAUGAAUCCAAGGAGAAAAAACUCAAGGCAGGAGGCGAUUAAGUUGAGAAACUCAGUCUCCCACCACCAUUACCACCAACCCUCAAAGCGCACGUGCUGCCCAUUUUUGUAUAUUAAUUACCGUCAAGGCCGGAUGGACUAAUUCCUGAACUGUUGAUGGAUUUGAUCAAGUUGAACAGCAACCAAACAGGGCAAGAGUUUCUCUUCCCCAUAAUUUUUGUUCCUCUCUCUCCUCCUCCUCUUCCCCACCCCCAGCUGGAUCUUUACUUGCACUGGGGAACCAAAUAAAACCGACAACCUCGCUGUCUUUUUCCUCCUGAUAGACGUGACUUCUGUCUCUGCGCGGGAAACGACACAAAACCUAACUCCGAUGGCUUUAAAAAAAACAAUUUAAAAAAAAAGAGAGAGAGAAAGAAUGCUGAGAGACCGACUCUCGUCAAACGCGCAGACGCUCCCCGUGUGCCGCGUGCUGACGUCCUUGCAAAAAAAGAAAAAAAGAAAAAAAAACACAAAAACCCUCUUUAUGAAUCCAAAGCUCUUAAAAAAAAAAAAAAAACUUCUAUACAAUAACCAAAAAGAAAAACCAACCAACCAAGAGAGAGAGAGAACACCCACCAACAAAAAGGAGUCAUAAAAAGCAAACUGGAAAUAAUUUUCUUUUUUAAAAAAAAAAAAAAA